AUGCAGCUAUGCAUGGUAUGGCUCAAAAAGGAAAGUACCAGAUUCAGAUGUAGAGUAUAACUAUUAGGCAUGUGCUUCAGGAUAAGGUAUAAAGAGUUCACUCUGGUUUGGAGGGCUCAGUGUGUGGCCGUCUGCUCGCUUAGAAUCACAGUUCCAGCGGUGGCCGCAAGCCCUGCCAUGCCGCGAUGUCGUCAGCCAAUUCCCUCUGUGGGGUAGUCGCGUGUGCCUUCCAGCAGGUCACGGUAAGCCAUUGUCGCGGUCCCCCUGCGCUUUCUGCAUCUUUCACCCGUGUGGGCUUCUGCAUACCGCGGCAUCUGGGCUGCUAGUUGUUCGGUUUGUUGUUUAGCCCCGUGUUGGCUGAGGUGAGUGUCCAGGCGCUGCAGGCUGUGUUGGGGAUGUUUGGUGCAUAGGGUUUGCGAUCGCUUGUGCCAGCCGCCAUCCUCCGCCAUCUUGGAUGUACCUUGCUGCCUCAUGGCGUUGGGAGGUAGUAUUGGCCAGCUGCCUGUGCCACCCAGCGAGGACCGGGAUAACCCCCGCCGGUCCAGAGGGGGGGGGGUUAGAGGUGAGUACGGUGAGGUUUCCAUCUGCGAGGUUACCAACCAGGAGAGCGGCCGCCUCUCCCUGGCUCGGUCGCAGCUAGGCCUCAGGUUGGAAUCGUGGGGACCCGGUGAGUUGCGGGUACAAGAUUAGUAUUAAAACGUUUUCCUGGGUCUCCCCCACUCUGUAGUCACACUCCCAGCGGUGUGGGCGCGAUGAUUUGGGGUAUAUCCCCCGUUUUAGUGGCUGGCUUGCAGGAGCUAUUGUGCAGCACGUCCACUCUGCUAGGAAGCUAGGCUCCGCCCCCUGAUAGUACUGAUUUUCUCAAUUUCUGAACUGCAUGACAAUGGAUUAAAUGGACAAACAGCUGUCUCCACUUAAAUUUGAAUCAUUUUGUAUUUAAGUAAAUUUAAAGAGAAUUUAAAAUCAUAGGCCAACAUUGCUGAAUUGGAAAAAUCUUUAUAUCAGCUAGGUUUUUGGGUUGCUCUAAAACCUCACUUUCAAUUCCUGAAAAUGCACACCUUACUGGUUACUAGUUCAUACUUUACUGGUAGUUCUUUUCAGACUUAAUGAUAAUGAAUAUUUUUAUAUUCUCUCUGAAUUGUCAUUUAAUUGACUUUGACACUUGACUCAAUAACCCCAUCAAUAUAACUAAUUAUCUUAGAGGUCCACAUUUUUUUAUAUUGUAUUUCUUGUUAAAUGAACACUCACAGUACCAUAACCACUACAACCUGCUAUAGUGGUUAAGGUGCCAGGAGUGCCCUGGCUUCAUACCAAGAGAAUCCAGUUAGCUCUACAGAGCAAAGCAUAGCCAUGUAGGACUAUGUAAGACCAUAUAGCACAUUCUCAUGCCAACGAGUGGUCUCCUGUAUCAGCUGUGCUGUACUCUAAAGAGAAAUCUGGCUUACCCUGCUGGGGAGGACUAGAUGCGGCCACGUGCAUCCAGCAGGACCCAGGCAAGUUGCCAAACUAUACUAAAUCAUAGUGAUAUCGUAUGAUGCAAUUUACAUUUAGUCCCCUCUAUCCUGAAAUGUAUGUCCUGUCAUGGUUCUAAUUGGUUUCUUUCUUUCUGAAUAUGAUUUUGGUAAGUUUUCUAGUUGUUCCUUUUAUUUUGUAAUUUUUUGCUACACUUACCUUAACCUCUGAGUCUAACAUCUGAUUCACUGCUAGCUAGGGUUAGGUGAUUCCUAACAAUACUUAGGAACACAUCUGACACUGAUUAUUUAAGUAGCUAUCGAGGAACUUUGAUUGGUAUGUUACUGGGACUUUCCUAUUUUUUAUGUCACUACAGUUUGUAUUUCUCUAGUUAAACAAUGAUGGUGAUAAUUAUAUUAAUUUUGAGAAAGGAUCUUUAUUGAGCUGGAACGUUGAGACAGGACAGGACUGGAACUGAUGCCAUUUGAACAUGUUCCGUCCUUCCUAUAGCUUAGAUUUGGUGCUGUCAUUUUUAACCUUUCUUGCCAUAGACCAAUUAAUUAUUUCUCCCACCCCAGCUUCUUGUAUAUUACUGAUUUUGUUUUGGUUAUUUUCUUAUAUUUGCCAUCACACACCCUUUCUUUCAUGCAUUUGCCCAUGCACAAUUUUAAUAUGCAUUUUUGUGUGAGAUUCACUUGAUCUCAUUAUACUUCUCUUUAUUAUACCUUACUACUUAUUAAAACACCCAUUAAAAAAAAAAAAAAAAACAACAACAGCAACAUCGUACUUCGGCAAACUAUUGUGGUGAUGGUGUUUGGAGUGUUCUUUAAGGAGUUCAGUAAAAAUAUUUAAAAAGUGUAAUUUUUAUUUUAUCAUAAUCUUCUUAUCUAUUAUCAGAAUAUAAAAUUCAUGUCACUUUUUAGUGCAAUAACUGCAAGAUUACAGAUAACCCAGGAGUUCACAACAAGCCCCUACCCACUGUAUAUAUACACAAUAUCUCAUCUAACAGUAAACUGGUGCAGUAGAAUAGCACAAAAAGAGUAGAGGGUGUAUCUUUGAAUUUCGGGAAACUUUCAAGAGAAUUGUAUAAUUUAGUAUAAUAAAAUAAGUUUGGCAACUUUGCUAUUUGGCUCUAGAUUUUGCAAUUCCAUUGUCAGUUCUCAGCAGUACACAGUAUGGGGAUGUGCAUCCAUAGUCUUACAAUCUGAUUUUUUUUUUACCUGUAACUUGGUCAGCACAGCGGGAUGUCAAAGCCCGCUAUAGGAAAAUUAUUCUGAUACAGUAAUGCACACUCUUUAUGACUAGAAAUGUAAUUACCUUUCAAUUUUUACAGAUUUCCUUCAAGGUUGGUGAAAAUCACCGGUUGUGUAAUAUAAAAGUAAGCACCUUAAUGUUGAUGACCCAAUAUAUAUAUUUUUUUUUUUUUACUGUAUGGUAUACAUCUUUUAACCAGUAAUCAAACAGACAAGGGCUGUGGGGCAGAAACAGACCAGAGCUGGGAGGGAGACACCCAUGGUGGGGUGAGGGGACACAAGCAAACACAAAGCGGCUUAGGGGACACAGACAGACACAAAGGGGCUCAGAGGACACAAGCCGACACAAAGGGCUGAAGGGCCACAAGCAGGCACAGAAGAGCUGAGGGGACACAAAGAGAGGUUGGGUAAGGGACACACACUCUACAUCAACUAUACACACACAAACUGCAUUUACUAUACACACUGCAUCCACUAUAUAUACAUACACACACACAGUGAAUCUACUAUACACACACACUGUGAAUCUACUAUACACACACACUGUGAAUCUACUAUACACACACCUUGUGAAUCUACUGUACACACACACUGUGCAUUCACUACACGCAUUGCACCCAGUUCACACACUGCAUCCACUACACAGACACUGUAUGCACUACACACACAGCAUAACAUAAUGGAUAUGGGCAGGCUUUGGUGGGUGUCAUUUUUUGGGGGGAUGCAACAUUUCCUCCUUGGGCCCAGGCAGCACAAUGUGUUGGGUCAGCCCUGAUGGGGUGAUAUACUAAAUAAUCUCUAAUCAAUAGUUUGCCACUCAAGUCUCAGAUAAGUUGUAGCUCAUUGGUAUUAUUACAUAGGGACCCUACAUAAUAUGGCAGAUGUUCUGUUUGUCAUUGGUCUUUUUUCUCUGCUAAUUACAGUGCUACGUUGAUGGACCAUAUGGGACACCAACUCGUCAUAUCUUCACAUCAGAACAUGCUGUGCUGAUUGGAGCAGGGAUUGGAAUCACACCAUUUGCCUCCAUAUUGCAGAGCAUCAUGUACAGGUGCUUAUUAUAGAAAUACUGAUUGUACAACCAGGAAGAUCUUAGAAUACAGAGAAAGCCUAGGCAUGUGAUCAUACUUUUCCAAACCUCUCCUUAAUUAUCUUUAACAGGAUAGUCAGCAAAGACAGACUAUCUCAGCCACUACUUUUAAACUGGCUGACCAUUUUAGUUCCAUAAGGCAGACAGCUGUUAAAAGUCAUGUAGAGUAAUAUAUUAAUUUCAGUUAUAAUCUACUAGGCAUUGGCACCAAGUGAAUACACAGUUUUAUCAAUGGGCAGAAAUACAGAACACAACAGACCUACAGAUGGCAUACAUGCGUAUUGCAUGCAUCUCCAACCACAGAGUGUUUUGCAUAUUUGCAGCAAGAAGCUAAAAGAGAUAACACCAAGAACAGACAAAACGUCAAUAGUUUGCCCUACACUUAGUCCCGUUCAAAUAUAAACUAAGGCCAGGGACUAAUGAAAGUAUUUAGAAAAUUGGACAGAUGGGCCGAAUGGUUCUUAUUUGCCAUCACAUUCUAAGUUUCUAAGUUGUAGCUCAUGUGUAUCAUUACACAGGGACCCUAUAUAAUAUGGCAUAUCAGAGCGAUCCUAACCUCAGCAGCAGUCUGAAACCAAAAUGCAGACAGAUCUCAUGUGCAGAAGCAAUACAGCAACCACAAUCUAAUGUUUUAUCCUUCUUGUGGUAUGUGAAACCAAAUUAUGUAGCGUUGUAGAGUUGCAGAUAUGAAAGCCAGAAAGAUCUGAUUAUUUCAAAGUUAAAUUUCCAGAAAAGUGAGGUUUGAACCUCUGUGAAUGAUGGCUAUUGGUGUUGAAAGGGUCUAGUUAAAAGAUAGGGAACUUUCGGCACCCCAGAUAUUGUGGACUACAUCAGUGUUUCUCAACCUUUUACGGAGAAGUACCCCUGCAGGUUUAAAGAAUAUUCCUAAAUACCCUGCCUCGAGAAAGUAAUUUGUAUUGAUUUAAAUUCCAAAUAGACCAUGUAGACUAUUUUAAGUUAAUCCCAUAUUGGAAAACAAGUUUGAUUAACGCUAGCAAAAUAUAUUUUUAAAACAAAUAUGCCAUAAUGUGAAUAUUGUGUAUGAACUAUAAAUUUGAAGUAUAAAAGUCACAAAAUGAAAAUAUAAUACACGCAUAAUAGUUACACACAAAGGACACUGAAACACACACACAUUUACGCACAGAGGACACUGACACACACAAUUACACAUAGAGGACACUGACACACACAGUUACACAUAGAGGACACUGACACACACACACAGUUACACACAGAGGACAAAGACACACACAUAAUAUAUUAAAAUAAUUCAAUUAUUUUGCUUUAUUUAAGACAGCAGGAUGAUUGAUUUUCAAAUGAAGCCUCUUUAUAGCAUCCUCAGUAUGUAUGUUGUAAAUAUAACUAAUAGAUUUUUUUUAAGACAAUUUUUUUAGCCAUUUGUAAACACUACAGAAGAAAAAGAACAAUAGUACCACAGAGUAUAACAGGGCAUGCUAGAACCCACAAAAUUCCAGAGCAGAUUUACACAUUUUGGAACGACUAUCUAGGGAGCCAGAGGCCACCCCUCAGACAUAUCGGCAGUGAUUUUUAGUUAGCAUGUAUAAAACACAACAUAAAAGCAGCGGCAAUGUUAAUGUAAACUUACAUAACCUUAUACAACAGCAAAUAUAGCAGUUCUGGCUCCCCAGCAAUCGCAGCAUCACAGAGCCGCGAGGCAGUGGUGGAUAGUUGUAGAGGAAUAGGAGAGAAGCAUAGAUGAAAAAGUGAAGGUAGAAAAAGAUGGGGAGAGAAAGAGGAGGGGGUGGGGGAGAGAAAAAAAAACAUUUUAGAUAGAAGAACUAAUUAAAAGUAUAUAUAACGGAGAGGAAGCGGGGGGCACCCUCCUCUGGGUGAACUAAUAUAAUUGACCAUCAAUGUAUUGCUUUGUUUCCAUGUUAUUGUUUGUCAUUGCAGAUAUCGGAUGAGAAAACAGAAUUGUCCCAAUUGCAAAUACUCAUGGUGUGAAAAUGUGAAAGACAAUGAAAUGAAUCUGAGGAAGGUAUGCACUAAGCUACACAUGCGUAUAUCUUACUUUAUUUAUAUAUAUUGCACACUUGAUUCUGUGCAAGUGUAGGUACCCGGCAAAUGAGAGGAAGAGGUUCAGUAAAGCAGGGAUUGGAUUUUCAUUCACAGGGCACAAGUCACUUGAACUUGUAUAAAAUUGGAUUGAAAUAUUGAACUUGCAUAAAAUAUAACUUGUAAUAGUCCAGAUCAUUCCAGGCAAAGCCAGCACAAAUUGCAAAUAGGAGUAGGUGUAGUAAUAUUUGAUUUCUAUUCAUGGUUUGCUUUCUGCUGACUGACAGGUGCAAAAGAUAGAGCUAAUGACAAUCAAUGAAAGGGAGCUAAGAUGGAGUACAAUAUGUGUUGAUUUCUACAUUUAAAUUUAUUUUGCACACCACAAAAAUGCAUAUUAAUAAAUUAUGGGGAUAAAUAAACAUAAUAUAAAUACCAGUGGGAAGUGAACAUUCCCCUUUAAAGGGACACUAUAGUCACCAGGACCACUACAGGUUAACGUGGUGGUUCUGGUGUCUAUAGCCUAUUCCUGUAGACUAAGUAAUGUACACACUGUCUUUUCAGAGAAAAGGUAGUGCUUAAACUGCUGCCUAGUAACACCUCUUGUGGCUGACAUUUAGACAGCCACUUGAGGGAAUUCCUAGAAGAGGUCCUGCAAUCUUUGCAAGACCUAUGCCCAAAGUAAUUCUGAACACUCCCCAUAGAGAUGCAAUGAUUCAAUGCAUCUCUAUGAGAAGAUGCUGAUCAGCGUAGCCUCCCACUUGUCAAGGUACUACCCCAACAUGGUCCACCCAUUGGACAGUGCUGUGGAAUUUGUUGGCGCUAUGUAAAUAAUAAUAAUACAGAGUCAUACGGAGACAUACAAACACAGACACUGAUAUACAGAUAUACAUAGACAUACAGACAGGGAUACGGACACAGACAGUCAUUGUAGAAUAUUGCAUAUUCUAUGUUUCUAUUGAUUAUAUAUGGAUAUGUGGAUUGACAUAAGUAACAGAUGGUAUAAGUCACAAGGCUUUCUUUGUCCGAGAGCUCUGGAAUGUGGAUUUGGGGGUCUUGUCCUUAUUUGGAGUUAUACUCUGACGUCAUUAUAGCACUUCUAUAUAGUAACUGAACAAAGAGACAUGAGGGCUCUUGGCUCUGUACAACGAUGUAACUCUCCCAUCAGAAGUACAGCAAUUACCAUCUGCUGUUGAAAUCCAUUAUCCUGUAACAUCCUUUGUUGUUUUAUUAUGUAUCCGUAACUAAGAAUAAACCUGAAGAAACCGUAAGUCAGUUUGCGUAUUAGUACUUUUCAAUAAUAUAGACAUACAUUAUUGUGGCGAGCAUUUGGCCCAAGACUAUAUAUACAAAAGACGUAUAUAUAUCAAUCAACUGAAGACAAGAAGAAAAAAAGAUUUAACAGUGACGAUUCCAACCAGAUUUUACAUUGGUCAGCCAGCCAGUCUUCUAUUCAAGUUUUGUUCCCACUUCAAGAGGGGAGAGAGAAGAAUCGAGUUACAAACUUGAAGAGAAAAAAAAGAAUCUAGACUGUCACAGAAGUACUGUGGUUUGUAAGAAAAAGAACGUUUUCAAAUCACAAAGACUGUACAAGACUAUUUUCUACAACUGAGACAAAAAGCACAAGAUACAACGUGAAUUCUAGAAGCAAGCACGUGGCAGAGAUUGGCAAGCGUCCAGAUCCAAGUCAAGAACUGCGCAGCUGUGUGGAUGAAGCAACGAAAUAAACAGAAAUAACUGAUCUGGUAAAGCGUGACAGAUCCUUGUGGCAAUAAAUCAGGAAAGCAUUCCUUCAGACAACUGGACAUCGACUGUUGGAAAGAGACUUUUCAUCUGAUCUGCAAACUGUGAUGGAAGAUUCUUCAGAGUUCAUUCGAUACAGAAGAUUAACAGACAUACAAAGAAAUAAAAUUCUGGCACUAACAUACAUAUCAAUUCCUAAAUAUUAACGAAGUAGUACUUAAGUAAUAUCAGGUAUUGAGAAUACUAUGCUAUAUGUAUCUGUAGGAGUAUGAUAGUGAUACACAGUUAUUAUUUAAAAAGUUACGAUCUUGAUUUUGUUGUCUACAAAGACAUGACUGUACCUGAGCAGGUAGAUCUUUCUGAUUGCCUUAUUGUUUAUUGGAUGAACAUUUGUAAAUAUUUUAUUUUAUUCAUUUAUUAUUGUUAUAUAUAUGUACAUAUUAUGUUCAAGUAGUUAUAAUGUAACAUGGAUAUGGAUAUCAAUACAUAGCUGAAACAGAGGGAGUUUGAUGUAAAGUAAGCAGUAUGAGGGAUAGAAACUCUACCGUCUAAGAACUCUCAUAUAAUAGAAAGUUGUGACUACAUCUUGUUCUAUGUUCAAUGACUGUGAUACGAGUGAUGUAUGAAUGGACAGGUUAGUGACAUUGUGUUAUGGUUUUAAGACAAACCAUAAACAGAGGGAAUGUAGAAUAUUGCAUAUUCCAUGUUUCUAUUGAUUAUAUAUGGAUGUGUGGAUUGACAUAAGUAACAGAUGGACUAAGUCACAAGGCUUUCUUUGUCCGAGAGCUCUGGAUUUGGGGGUCUUGUCCUUAUAUGGCUAGAGUUAAACUCUGAUGUUAGUAUGAGCACUUCUAUAUAGUAUCUGAACAAAGAGACACGAGGUCUCUUGGCUUGUUCUCUCUCGAUGUAAAGAUGUAAGGAUGUAACUCUCCCAUCAGAAGUCCAGCAAUUAUCAGACUGGAGCAAUUUAAAUGGAGUCCAAGAGAAAUGGGAUUAUUUAAAAGUCGCACUAAGGCAACAGAAAAUUGCAUCAGGCUUGUCAGUAAAAGCAAAAAAUUCAAGAAACCACUGUGGUACUCCACAGAUGUGGCCAAAAUAGUUAAAAACAAAAAGUUAGCAUUUAGGAAUUAUAAAAAACCUAGAGUGAGGAAGACAAAAUGAUCUAUAAGAUUAGGCAGAAAGAGGCUAAUCAAGUUAUAAGAGCUUCCAAAUCACACACAGAAGAGAAAAUAGCACAGUCAGUAAAAAAGGGGGAUAAAACAUUUUUUAGAUACGUAAAUGAGAAAAGAAAAGUAAAACAAGGAUUAGUUAGAUUAAAAACAAAAGAAGGGGGGGCGGGGCCAGGCCGCCAAGCAAGAUGGUCGCAUGUCAGACGAGCUCCUGCAACUUAAAACAAAAUAAGCAUGAAAACCAGACUUUUGGCAUACAAAGACGACCAACUGCGGUGGACCUCAUCGGGUGGAGAGUACCGGACCCAGGGUGAGGCUGGCCUCACUGGCGCAAACGAGGCCUACUCCGGCGGUGAGUGGAGCAGACGGCCGCUGCCCCACUAUCCUGCCCAUCGGUACUCAGCCAGGGCCAGAACCGUUGGGAAAUGGCCCCGUCCCCCCCCCUCUGGACCGGGGGGGUGAUCCCGGUCCUCACCCCCACACGCCCCGACCAUCCAGGGCGCAGCAGCAGGGCCGCCCUGCUCCGACACCAAGACACAGCAGUCAAGAUGGCGGAGGCCAUAUGUGAUGGCGCGAAAACCGAAUCCACUACAGGCUACUCACCAAAACAGGCAACGAGGCUCAGAAGUAGCCCACACUGCUCCCCCUUCGGAGUGCUUGCGGGCAGGCCCGGCGGGAGGUGGCACAUUGGUGGGGGAUUUCUGCCCGAUACACCUUUACAACAGGGCUGCAGCGUCUGAUGACAGCCCAACCACAAGGGGGCAACAGCACCUAUGAACUCUUCAUGCCGCAGCUGAAAUCCAUCGGCAAAGUAACCUACAGUUAGAAGAGGACAUUUGCUGCAGGUUCCCGGGAUACCUGAGACGUCUGCCACCGCCACACUGCAACACUCGACACCAUGCUGAAAUGUAACCCUUACUUGGGGCCCUCUCUUGCCAACCUCCCCAGGGACUGUACUGGGCACUCGGAAGGGAUCGGCUGAGCAGCUGCACAGGAACGGAGCCUGCCAGGCGCACACCUCGCUACAAUUGGACUCUCUCAUCAUACCUCAUAACAUAAGAUUUGCAUUUCACAGGCUAGAAACGUGAUGAAGAGCUGGGAUGCCAGGGUAGGAGAGAUCACAGGAGCCCAGGCUAGCUAUUGUAGUCUCCCUCUAUAACUAACCGAUUGCUUGUUUUACCUAUUGUUUUCUUAUGUUAUUUUAAUAUCUAAGCAACACCCUCCUACUCAGAUCCUGGAACCCAGUGGGCUCAUAGCUUACUCUGUAUUAAUUUGAACCCCCGCCAUGUUUCACGGAGGCCAUCUUGUCUGCAACCACUGAUGCAUGCUCAGCUUCUCCAUCUUGAAAAGAUAUGCGGAGUCAGAUGGUAGCUAGACAGUCAUACCUUUAUUCCACCAUACUAGCGUUAGUUGUAAGCAGCUCAUACUGUUUUACCUAGUUGAGUCCAGUUUAACUGUCUUACCUGUCAGUUUAAGCGCACCCUAACUACUGGGACAUAAUUAUAUAGCUUGUAUUACUCUUGUUAAACUAAAAAUUUGCAAGUUUACCAAAGCCAUGACAAUGUCCUUGUGUGAAAGUGUGUGCAUGCAGAGGCUACUGUGGCUAAGCAUACCUUUUUGUAUAUAUCUGUACACAAAAUACAGAAUUAACUCAAGCCUGACCAAAUAUGACUAUAAAAUCAAUGUAUUUGUACAGCUGACACUGCAAUGUUACCACUGCUUAAACUCUUGGACCAUGGUUACUUUAAUGCUUUCUUUAGGUAUAUAAGCUUGCCGAUCUCACACGAUGUCUCAGGCUAGCCGCACUGAUUUAGCUUACACCAUAUCGUUAAUAGUUCAUCUGCUGUAUCGUUACCUUUUUCACUUUAAAAAAAUGUAUGCAUCUCUAACUUGACACAACACUGUUAUCAUAUGUCUAUAAAAAAAAAAAAAAAAUCGAGCCUGCUAUUGCUGUUGUGGCGACACAGGCACUGUUGUAACUACCUGCAUACUAAAAAUAAAGAAUUUAAAAAAAAAAAGAAAAAAAAAGAAGGAAGGUAUGUAGAAUAGGAUAAAGGUCUAGCUGACUGCCUCAAUUAAUAUUUUUGUUCUGUAUUUACAGAUGAAAAUGAAGGAAAGGGACCGCAGUUGAGAAAAAGGAUAAAUUAGUCAUUUAUUACACGUGAGUUUACAGAGGAAGAGGUUCUAUUUCAACUGUCAAAAAUAAAGACAAAUAAGUCAAUGGGACCUGAUGGAAUACACACAAAGCUAUUAAAAGAGCUUAGUGGUGUACUAGCAAAACCAUUAACAGAUUUAUUUAACCAAUCAUUGUUAACAGGAGUAGUCCCAGAAGAUUGGAAGUUAGCGAAUGUUGUGCCCAUUUACAAGAAAGGUAAUAGGGAGGAGUCGGGCAACUAUAGGCCAGUAAGCCUUACUUCAGUAGUAGGGAAAGUGAUGGAAACCAUGUUAAAGGAUAGGAUUGAUGAACAUCUAAAAACACAUGGAUUUCAAGAUCAGAGACAACAUGGGUUUACUUCAGGGAGAUCAUGCCAAACUAAUCUUAUUGAUUUUUUUGAUUGGGUAACUAAAAUUAUAGAUCAAGGUGGUGCAGUAGACAUUGCUUACCUAGAUUUCAGUAAGGCUUUUGACAAUGUUGCACAGAAAAGGCUUAUCAAUAAACUGCAAUCUUUAAGUUUGGAUUCCAAUAUUGUUGAAUGGGUAAGGCAGUGGCUGAGUGACAGGCAACAGAGGGUUGUAGUCAAUGGAAUAUAUUCAAAGCUUGGACUUGUCACCAGUGGGGUACCUCAGGGAUCUGUACUUGGACCCAUUCUCUUUAAUAUUUUUAUUAGUGAUAUUGCAGAAGAUCUUGAUGGUAAGGUAUGUCUUUUUGCUGAUGAUACUAAGAUAUGUAACAGGGUUAAUGUUCCAGGAGGGAUAAGCCAAAUGGCAAAUGACUUAGGUAAACUAGAAAAAUGGUCAGAAUUGUGGCAACUGACAUUUAAUGUGGAUAAGUGCAAGAUAAUGCAACUUGGACGUAAAAACCCAAGGGCAGAGUACAGAAUAUUUGAUAGAGUCCUAAGCUCAACAUAUGAGGAAAGGGAUUUAGGGGUGAUUAUUUCUGAUGACUUAAAGGUAGGCAGACAAUGUAAUAGAGCAGCAGGAAAUGCUAGCAGAAUGCUUGGUUGUAUAGGGAGAGGUAUUAGCAGUAGAAAGAGGGAAGUGCUCAUGCCAUUGUACAGAACACUGGUGAGACCUCACUUGGAGUAUUGUACACAGUACUGGAGACCGUAUCUUCAGAAGGAUAUUGAUACCUUAGAGAGGGUUCAGAGAAGGGCUUCUAAACUGGUUCAUGGAUUGCGGGAUAAAACUUACCAGGAAAGGUUAAAGGAUCUUAACAUGUAUAGCUUGGAGGAAAGACGAGACAGGGGGGAUAUGAUAGAAACAUUUAAAUAUAUAAAAGGGAAUCAACACAGUAAAGGAGGAGACUAUAUUUAAAAGAAGAAAAACUACCACAACAAGAGGACAUAGUCUUAAAUUAGAGGGACAAAGGUUUAAAAAUAAUAUCAGGAAGUAUUACUUUACUGAGAGGGUAGUGGAUGCAUGGAAUAGCCUUCCAGCUGAAGUGGUAGAGGUUAACACAGUAAAGGAGUUUAAGCAUGCGUGGGAUAGGCAUAAGGCUAUCCUAACUAUAAGAUAAGGCUAGGGACUAAUGAAAGUAUUUAGAAAAUUGGGCAGACUAGAUGGGCCGAAUGGUUCUUAUCUGCCGUCACAUUCUAUGUUUCUAUGUUACAUAGUUACAUAGCUGAAAAGAGACUUGCAUCCAUCAAGUUCAGCCUUUCUCACAUAUGUUUUGAUGUUGAUCCAAAAGAAAGCAAAAAAAUCCAGUCUGAAGCACUUCCAAAUUUGCAACAAACUAGGAAAAAUUCCUUAUUGACCCCAAAAUGACAGUCAGAUAUCUAUUUGGAUCAAGAAGUUAUUACCCCACUAAUACCCUACUACAAAUUAUAUCCCUGUAUGCUAUGUUUUUGUAAGUAUUUAUCUGAUUGCUGUUUAAACAUCUGUUUGAACUCUGAUAAAACAACCUCGUCAGGCAGAGAAUUUCACAUCCUUAUUGUUCUUACUGUAAGAAAACCUUUUCUUUGCCUUAGACUAAAUCACCUUUCUUCCAGCCUAAUGUGUGACCUUGUGUCCUAUGUAUAGCCCUGUUUAUGAAUAGAUUUCCAGAUAAUGGUUUGUACUGGCCCCGAAUAUAUUUGUAUAAUGUUAUCAUAUUCACUGUGAGGUGCUGUUUUCCCAAACUAAAGAGAUUUAAAUUAUUUAACCUUUCUUCAUUAUUUUUAUCAAUUUUGUACCCGGUCUCUCAACACUUUUUUUAAGUGCCAUAAUAUCAUUCUUUAGAACAGGUGUCCAAAAUUGCACAGCAUAUUCAACGUGUGAUCUUGCCAGAGAUUUAUAAAGAGACAAAAUUAUAUUUUCAUCUCGAGAGUGAAUGCCCCUCUUUAUACAUGACAAAACCUUACUGGCCUUAGCAACUUCCGAUUGACAUUGCAUCUUGCUUCCUAAUUUAUUGUUUAUAACAAUUCCCACAUCUAUCUUGUGUGUUGUUAUCCCUAAUUCACUACCAUUUAAGGUGUAAGUUGCUUGUGCAUUCCUUACCCCAAAGUGCAUAACUUUGCAUUUCUCUACAUUAAAUUUCAUCCUCCAUUUGAGUCGCCUGUGCUCCAAUCUAUCUAAAUCCCUCUGCAGCAAAGCAUUUAACUACUCACAUUUUACUACUUUACAGAGUUUUGUGUCAUCUGCAAACACUAAAACAUGGCUUUCAAAGUGUCAAGGUUAAUACUCCACAACACGCAAACCAGAGAACAAUAAAGGCAAACACAGAUAGACGUAUUACCGGACCUUAAAGUGGCCAGACUUAACGUAGGAAUGAGAGAUAAGAAUAGUCAAACACGCCAAGGUCAGGAAUACAGAGACACAGGAAAGCGAAAUAGACAGAGCCAAGGUCAGGGAGCCAGAAAUUAGAAUAACCAAUAAACAAGCCGAAGUCAGAAACCAGAGAAAAGACAACUACUCAGAACGCACUCUCGGGCUAUAAUAAACCACGACAGGGCAAGGAAGUGAUGUCAGAAGGAGGUUAAUAUAGGGCAAGGUGAAUACUGAUAGGCAGGGACAGAAUUGAAGGAGGUAUAAAUAGAUAGUGGCAAUAGGCCACUAUCUCUUUAAAUUUGGAGUCCACGCCAUCCCUGCCGGUUACCUGGUGCACGCGCACGUCCUCGGGCGCUCUCCCAGAUGCAACGCCCGCCAGCGAUCCACACCGCCCGACAUGAAAGGACGGACGGCGGGACCAGGACGGCGCGGGACACCAGGUAUGACACAAAGUCCAUUUCAAGAUCAUUUAUAAAUAUGUUAAAUAGAAGCGGUUCCAAAACCUUGAGGGACACCACUUACCACUUUUGUCCAGCUUGAAAAUUUACCAUUAAUGACAACUCAUUGUAUUCUAUCCUUAAGCCAGUAUUCUACCCAAGAACACAAAUAUUCAUCUAGACCAAUUUCUUUUAGUUUGAACACUUACCUAUUGUGAGGAACUGUAACAAAUGCCUUGGCAAAAUCCAAGUAGAUCACAUCAACUGCAACACCAUGAUCUAUACGUCUGCUUACUUCUUCGUAGAAUGCAAUUAGGUUAGCUUGACAUGACCUAUGUUUCAUAAAACCAUGCUGACGAUUGCUAAUAACAAAGUUCUUCCCAGUGAAUUCCUGAAUAUUAUCCCUUAAUAACCCUUCAAAUAUGUUCCCAGUCACAGACGUUGAGCUCACAGGUCUAUAAUUUCCAGGCAAGGAUUUUGAACCCUUUUUAAAUAUAGGAACAACAUCUGCCUUCCUCCAAUCCUCCGAUACAAUUCCUGAAAGAAAAGAAUCUUGACAGAUUAAAUACAGAGUGUAGUGGACCACGGGUAACCCGACCGAUUACCUCCGCUAUUUCCUUCCUUCAGCCCCUCAGGAACCCUUAGCAAAGGCAGACACUGUCAGACAGCCAUUCCCCCAGUAACUGGAUGACACACAGUUCUGGAGGUACAACACUGACUGUACUCUGUUUAUUUUGUCACACAUUGUUUUACAUGCACAGACCCCUACAUGGGGUCUCCAACACAAUACACCAGGAGAUUCAAUCCCAAGAAGAUGAUGGAAGUAUGAAAGAGGGAAAAAGCAGCAAGUUCAAACUGGGCUGGCAGUGUCCCUGUGACCACGUCCUGCUGUGACAGGAAAAGGGAGGGGGAGAGGCACAGACAAGCAAUACAUUUCACUUAACUAUACUUUACGCUGCUGCUGCUCCUCCCCCCCCUUUGUUGACCCACAGCUGCAUAUACAGGCACGUGUAAAACAGUCCCCAAAACAAAAGUGCCGCAAUCUUCUGGCCAGCGCCAAACAAAUAAGGCCAUCCAUCACAUAUCUCCCCCCAUAGAAAUAGACAGCGGGCACAUGGGGAUAUGGCACUCCGUGAUGGCGUUCCAUCACACAGAGGUUCACUUAUUUCCACACUUAACCGGUAAGUACUCCUGGGUGAACACUAUCAGGCCCUGGAGCUUUAUUUACAUUCAUUUCCUUUAACUGCUGUAGCACCUUGUCUUGAGUUAUCCAAUCACAAGUUAUUUGAAUGUUUUUUGCAGCAAUCAUUUGCAUAUCUCUUGCCAUAGGAUCCUCAUUAUUAUAUACUAAAGAAAAAUAGUUAUUUAAAAUUUCUGCCUUUUCCUGGUCUUCAUUAACUAACACUCUUAUCUCUGUUUUCAGUGUUCCUACAUUUUAAUUUUUUUUUUUUUUAGAAUUGAUAUACUUGGAAUAAAAUGUUGCUGUCUUUGGCUAUCAGUUUCUAAUUUUGAAGUUUAGCCACUUUAAUUGCCUUUUUGCAAGCAUUAUUGGCUUCCUUAUAUCUUAUAUAGGAUGCCUCUAAUUUGUCCGAUUUAAAUUCUUUAAAUGUAAUUUUUUUAUUUUUAAUCGUAGGGGUUGCUUGACAGUUCAAGGACCUACUAUUUGAUCGCCCUUGUGCUAGAGGAAAGUCCAAAAGCCCUAGCAUUUCCCCAAUGUAAAUAGUCAGACUGUUUGCUUACAGUUUGGCUUUUUAGCUUGAGUCCACCGAGUGCUCUUUUUCCGGUAUUGAGAGAUGGAAUCUCCUGCAGGGAACUUACAUUAGCAAUCCUGAGCUAAGUUGGGGAGUGGAGGGCCAGCUCAUUGGGUAAGAGAGUAAGCUGAUCACUCUCAAUGAGAUGGCUGAGACAUGCACCUAUAGGCUUAGCUCAGACACAGAGAUUCAGACUGCAGAGAGGAGUGGACUGGUGCUUGGGUGAAGGCAAACCAUUAGCAAACAGUUUGACUAAUUACCUUGGGGGAGGUGAGGGGUGAGGGAGGGCACAUAGUAGUUAUUGUGAAUGGAGUAUUUUUUUAAAUAAUAAAGUAAAAUUCAGAUCUCUAGAUAUAUUUUACACUUGUUAUAUACAUAUUAACACAAAAUUUCACAUGCAGGCAAGAAGUAGAAUCUAAUCCCAAUGUUGGAUGUAUCACUUUGUGUCAUGCAGUUUAAAUCAUUCUCACCCAGGGUUUAAACUACAAUUCUUGUUGAGUCUCAUGGAAUAGCUAACAUACAAGGAAUGCAAAAUCAGGCAAUCUGAGGUCAUUGGUAGGUAGGGAGAAAUUCCACCUAUUCCACCCAAAUUCCACCUAUGCAGAACUGCAAUGUCAUUUAGCAUUAAUGUUCUCGUCUGUGAUCAGCUUAUAGGUGUUGGAGGCAUAAAGGGAGUUGUGUCUCACACAUAUAGUGCCAUCACAGCUGGGAUGAGGGAUUGUUGGAGGCGACUAUGACAACAAAUAGCAUUUUGUUCUUUCAUAUAAUCAUAAAUAAUAACGGCUUCCUAAAGAGAACCUACUAUUUUAUUAAAUUGCUCUUAAUUCUAUAUCGUUGGUAGGUAGACUUUAUCUGGAUAAAUCGGGACCAAAAGUAUUUUGAAUGGUUUGUGAGUCUCCUAACCAAGCUCGAGAUGGAUCAAGCUGAUGAAGAGCUACAGGGUACGUAGUGCUGUCUUGCUGUCUCUUAGUUAUUGUGUAACUAUACAACCUUUAUAUGUAAAUUGUUAUUUGUGAUAUGAUUUAUGUACACAAAACUUUUUGUUUUAUGACUUUUGACAUAAUGAAUUUAAUUUAUAAUAAUGAAUUUAAAAACCAUAAAAAAAUAAUAAUCACACACUCAUGUCUGUAUACGUUUUGCGCAGGCACAGAUAAAGCAUAUACAUACAUUAUUUAGAUUUAAAUGUAUGUAUAGAUAGAUGAUCUUCAAAAACAAUUGUAUGGUGUUUCAUACAAUUUGAGGGAUGGGCCAGUCUAAAAGUGGAUAGGAGCAGAGAUGUAGAGGAUCCCUUUAUAAUAUAGGGACUUUUUUUAGGGCAAUCAUUCCCCCACAAGGGUUUUGACCUUGGUUUUCGAUGUUAGCCAGUUUCUGUUGCUACAAUAAAUAUUGAUGGUCAGAGGUAUUUUAAUAGCGUACAAUCCAGAGCGUAAUGGUGAUCAAUCCAAGGCCACAGAUGUGUUAACUGUUUCUCUAUGUGCUGAGUUAACUUGCGUGGCAAAGAAGGAAAGUGGGUAUUCUGUUGCCAUACCUGGAAGGGAAGAUGAUGCUCAGAUACUCCUGUGCUGUAAUUAUCACAAGUUAUAGGUGAGUUUCAAUGUUUAAUUUAAUGGUAUACAUUCCAGAGAGGUGGCAGUUCCCCUUUAAGUAUGGCUGGACUUUAAAACGUCAAUAGAAUAUGGCAAUUUUUUACUGUAAAGGCCAGUAGUAUUGAAUAGUCUUCUCUUGGGCAGUGUCUGUACUGUAAAGACCAUUAGAACAGUAUGUUCUUCCUUUGGACACCAGCUGUUCUUUAAAGACUAAUAUAUAAUUAGUUUCUCCAGUGGCUGUUGUGAAUCAAUAGAAUAGUAAUUUCUUUAAAUGAGUGUCUGGCUUUUUGGUAAAGGUUUGAUUAGCGCACCUCAUCAUUUUUCAGAAAUUAAAUAUAACAUCUGGACAAGGGAGAGCUCUUGAAACUUCCAUACUGCCUACUUUCAUGCCCAAUACUAGGGUAGAUAUUGGACAAUGUCCUUAUCAUAUAAAAAAAAAAAAAAAUUAAACCAUCUACAUAUUUAAAAUAUCACAUUAGUAUUCCUUACAUGUUUGUAGACUAAAAAUAAAUAUAUUGAUUUUUGAAAUGUACAGGUUGUUUCCUAGAGAUGCAUAUGUACAUGACAUCAGCUCUCUGCAAGAAUGACAUGAAAGCCAUUGGACUGCAAAUGGCCCUUGACCUACUGGCACAGAAAGAGAAGAAAGAUUCCAUUACUGGCUUGAGGACCAGGACACAGCCUGGAAGGCCAGACUGGCACAAGGUAUGACUGCAAUGGGCUUAAAGAGGAAACAUAGAGCCCUGGUCCAAGAAUCAGAAAAUGGCCCCCCUCAUCGCCCUCCUUGCUCCCCCCUAAGCAAUACACCUGUGUGGGAUUUUGUGUGGUGGUUGAGUGUGAUUGUGCACAAAUUGGUUGAGUGGAUUCUGUGUUGGAUUAGCUAAGUGUGAUAUAUAUAUGUGUGUAGUUGACUGAGUGUGAUUGUAUAUGAAGUUUGGCUAAGGGGAGCGAUACUCCUUGUUUGGGGACACUUCCUUAAUGGCAUUCCCCUUUGUUGAUACUAACAUGAUGGCUUCACUGCCAACACAUUGGAAUUAGUGAAUCCCAUGCUCUCCCACCAAGCGUGGAUCCUAUCCCUGGGGUGUAUGGGUGCUGCUCUGAUCUUUGUGCUCUUCCUACACUGCUCCCAAGCACACCUUUUAGUGAUGCUGGGGCUAGAGUGAUGUCAUAUCUCAGGUCCUAGUCAUGAUUAAACUUUUCUACAACAGAAUAUAUAAAUCUGAGAUCCAUCACUACCCCCCCCCCCCCCACCCUCCUCGACCAAUACUCUACAUUUCAGAAAAGUAGGUAUGGGCUACUCUUCAUUAGCACAGGGGCAGCCCACCUUGACAAGUGGUACACAGGCAGCCUUUGUGAUCCUAGGGUAGUCUGCCACUGUACCACCAACAGACUUUCUCAUUAUUACAACAUCUGUCAAGUCCUGCUGUGUAUUUACAGAUGAUAUCCAAGUGCAUCUACUGACUCUGCAUAUGAUUUCUUUUUUAUUCUAGGUGUUCCAAAAAAUUGAGCAAGAAAAAAAGGGCAAAGUUCAGGUGUUCUUCUGUGGGUCUCCUUCAUUGGCCAAAGUGAUCAAAGCUCAAUGUGAGCAGUUCAACUUCAAAUUUUUCAAGGAACAUUUCUAA